AUGCUCUCCCGCUCCCUCCCCACCAACACAUCCCGGAUCAGCUUUCGCUCCUCCUUGACCCGGUUUCCUGUCAAAAAUUUCCAUACCGUUCAACCUCCGACCGUCAACAGAACCCUGGCGUCCUCAAACCGUCCAUUGACUACACCGGUUGUUCCGAGCUCGCGCCUUUCCACAAUCUCACGUCAUUUUACCUCUUCUUCCCCCAUUUUCGAGAACAAACCCUCAUCCACAAUGGCUCCUGUCGAAGUUGCACAGUACGAUUAUAUUGUUCUGGGAGGUGGUAGCGGUGGUAGCGGUAGUGGUCGUCGCGCAGCUGGCUGGUAUGGCGCGAAGACAUUGAUCGUGGAAAGUGGCCGAUCUGGCGGUACUUGUGUCAAUGUUGGCUGUGUUCCCAAGAAGAUGACCUGGAACGCCGGAACUGUUAACGAGACCCUCCACACCGGCAAGCACUACGGUUACGAUAUCCCCGCCGGCAUUAAGUUCGACUACAAGUAUUUCAAGGAGACUCGCGACGCUGAGAUCAAGCGUCUGAACGGAAUCUACGAGCGCAACUGGAACAACGAAGGCAUUGACCUUGUUCACGGCCGUGCCAACUUUGUCGAGCCCAAGGUCAUUGAGGUAGCCAACGAAGACGGUACUACCUCCCGCUAUGCCGGAAAGCACAUCUUGAUCGCUACCGGUGGUCAUCCUAGUAUCCCCAAGAUCCCCGGUGCUGAGCACGGUAUCACCAGCGACGGCUUCUUCGAGAUCGAGGAACUUCCCCCUAAGAUCGCUGUCGUCGGUGCAGGCUACAUCGCUGUCGAGUUGGCUGGUGUUAUGAACGCCAUGGAUGUCGAGACCCACAUGUUCAUUCGAGGCGACAACUUCUUACGCAAGUUCGACCCCAUGAUCCAACAGACUAUGACCAACCGCUAUGAGGCCGCUGGUGUUCAAUUGCACCGUCAGCACGGUGGUUUCAAGGAGAUUAAGCUCAUCCGCGACGGCAAGGGCAAGGACCGUCUGAUCCAGUUAAUUAGCAAUGAUGGCUCAAUCAUUGAGGUCAACGAGCUCCUGUGGGCUAUCGGUCGUGCCCCAGAGGUCGAGGACCUGCGCCUGGACAUCCCAGGUGUUAAGCUGAACUCCAACGGCUACGUUGAGGUUGACGAGUACCAGAACACAUCUGCAGAGGGUGUCUACGCCCUUGGUGAUGUGACUGGACAGGCUGAACUGACCCCUGUCGCAAUUGCCGCUGGUCGUCAGCUCGGUAGCCGUCUCUUCGGCCCAGCCGAGUUCAAAACCGCGAAGCUUAACUAUGAGAACAUCCCCACCGUUGUUUUCUCUCACCCCGAAGUUGGAUCUAUUGGUCUGACUGAGCCCGAAGCCCGUCAACAAUACGGCGAUGAUAAGAUCAAGACCUACCAGACCAAGUUCACCAAUAUGUACUACAGUCUUAUGCCUGCUGAAGAGAAGGCUAAGAACCCCACCCAGAUGAAGAUCAUCUGCGCCGGCCCCCAAGAGAAGGUUGUCGGACUUCACAUUCUAGGUCUCGGCGUCGGCGAGAUGCUGCAGGGCUUCGGUGUUGCUGUCAAGAUGGGUGCUACCAAGGCUGACUUCGACAGCUGUGUUGCCAUUCACCCAACCAGUGCCGAGGAGCUUGUUACCCUACGAUAA